AUGUUAAUUGGCAUAUUAUUUACUAUUGUUACACUUGUAACAGUAUCAGCUAGUGAUAGAGUUGCAGCUGAUACGAAUCAUUUAGAUGGUAAUUAUUAUAUGUUUAUACCCGAUACUGGUAACCAAUACGUUUUUAAUAUUUUCUUCUCACAUCCAUUCAAUCGUUAUGUUGUCACUGUAACCGCACAAACAUUGGCUUGGGCAACAGCAACAUUAAAUAUCGUUAAUGAUACUUCAGUAACUCUCGUUUGCGAUAAUGGUGAUACUUUACCGGGUAUAAUAACAUAUCCAACAGAUUUACCAUCGAUAUGUUGGCCAACAUCAAAAGAUUUCACUUGUUGGACUCGUCUUUUAUCAAAUGUAACACGUAUACACGUUGUUAAUAUGAACCAUUUAGAUGUUGGUUACAAUGGUAUUCCAGCUACUGGCUUUAUUAAUAAUAUUCUUAAUAUUUAUUUUCAUCAAUAUUUUCCUCGUGCAGCUAUUUUAGCUGAACAAAUACUUCAUAUAUCACCCAAGGAUUCAUUUAUAUAUACAACACAUCCAUGGUUACUUAGUAUGUUUUUUGAUUGUCCACCAAAUUUAGUUCUUGCUGGAAUCAAAUUACUAUGUCCGUCAAGUGAUGAACUGGCAUUAGUUGAAAGAGCAAUACGUCUUGGUGCUAUAACAUGGCAUGCUGGCGCUAUGAAUAUGCAAUACGAAUGGAUGAAUGAACAAGUACUAAAUCAAUCAUUAGAUUUAUCAGUUGCAUUAGCAAAACGUUUUAGUGUUCCUGUUCCAUGUGUUGUCAGUGUACGUGAUGUACCAGGAGUUCCAAUAGCAAUGAUUCGAUCACUAAAUCAAUAUUUUUCAGAACAUUGCUCAUCUAAACCUAUGGUUACAGUUGGAGUUAAUGCUGCGGUCACUGAUUAUGAUGUACCCAAUGGUUUAUUUCGAUGGGGAACAAGUCAAGAUUCUUAUGUAAUUGGAACAUGGCAUUCAUAUGGUUAUCCAAAUAAUCCUGGUUCAGUAUUUACAAAUCCAGGUGGUUUAUCUCUCGAUGAUAUUAUUAUUGUUCCACAAAUUGGAAUUGGUUUAGCAUUUGCAUUUCGUACUGAUAAUCAAGGUCCACCUAUGUCAAUUAGUGAAAUCCAUCAAAAUCAUGAAAUUCUUCGCCAAUCGUAUCCAGGCGCAGAAAUAAUUUCAUCAUCGCUUCAAAAUUUUCUUGAAGAUAUAUCGGGUGUAACUGAUGAACUUGCAUUAUUCGAUGGUGAUAUAUCUGAUUCGUGGUUACAAGGUAUUGGAUCAGAUCCAAAACGUGUCCAACAAUAUCAAGCAGUACAAAGAGCUUUAACUACUUGUUUUGAACGUAAUUUAUGUUCAAAGAACGACGAAGAAUUGAUUGAUGGUAGUCGAUAUCUAGUUAAAAUUCCUGAACAUACUUGGGGUUUACCAUCAGUUUAUGAUCAAGUCAAUUGGAGUAAUAAACAAUUUCAAACCGUUAUUAACACGCAAUCGUUCAAUAAUUGUCGACUCGCAUGGCUUGAACAACGAAAAUUUUUCGAUUUAUAUUUAGAUACAGUUCAUGAUCAUCCAGUGUAUAAUAUAAUACAACAAGAACUUAAUGCUGCAUUCAGUAAUGUAGCAAGACCAAAUUUAGCUCGUUUCAAGCCUGUUUCAUCAACAGAAACAUUCGUACUUUUUCGAGCUUCAUCAAAUCCACUUUCUGUUACAUUUGAUCAAAAUUUAGGCUCAAUUUCAAAUUUAACUCGAAGUGACAAACUUUUUUGGGCGGACGGAAAUUCUCAAUUAGCAACUUAUACUUACAUUACUUAUAAUGAAACUGAUUUCAAUCAAUUAUCAAUUACAUAUGGAAAUCCAGGUUAUGAUAAGCCAAAUUCUACAGCAAAUGCUAAUCCUGUUUCAAUGGUUUGGUUACCAAAAUUGCAACAAUUGUUUCGAUCCCGAACUGACGAAAACACUUUUCUUGCACAAUUAAAACUUGAUCCCAAUGCUGUUAAUUUAUACGGUGGUUUCAGUGAAAUAUGGCUAACAUAUACAUUUGCCGAUGAAACAACACUUGAACUUGAAUGGUUAGGUUUAAAUAAAACAGCGACACGUCUUGCUGAAGCAUCAAUGCUUAAAUUUUUACUUCCCAUGAAACCAUCUUGUUCAUUGGUUCAAUAUGAUACGAAAGUCGAUGUUCAACAAGCUGCUGGCAAAACUUCAUAUUAUCAACGAGGUGUUGAUUCAUUUUCAUGUCAAACAAGUUUAUCUUCAAAAUGUUUCGCUACUCUUCAUGUUAAAUCCUACGAUGCACCGAUCGCCUGUCCGAUCUUAAAUGGUAAAGAGCCAACAGCUCUCCCAUUUCCAGCACCAGGAAGUUCGCCACCAUUAGAUGGUAUGGCUUAUAAUUUACAUAACAAUGUCUGGAAUACGAAUUACAUUUAUUGGUAUCCACUGGUUUCUGGCGAUGAGUCAUGGCGAGCUCGAUUUUUAAUUAAUUUUGAUGGAUCAUGUAGUUAA